AUGACACUCCAGCAAUUCUCCGCUCAAGGGGCGCGUCGCACGCCGAAGCGGCAAUGGCAACCCGCGGUGCCCAAGUUGAUAAUAGUAGCCGUUACUGUUCUGGCUAGCUUCGUUAGCGGCACCACAGCAGCAAACCCGUGCAUUAUGGGUGGGAAACCUGCUGCUCUGAUAGAGAAGGUAGUCGACUGCACCGGGCGCGACACCAUCCCGUUUUACACAGUCGAACAGCAGGCGAACACGUUGGCGUUCCUGGCCGAGUUCCCCUACACUAUCGCCGCUCUCAGCAAGACGUGGGUGUGCCGCAACUUCUGCGAGUGGGAUGGCGUGCAUUGCUCUGCGGAGGGUGUUGAGGUGCGCCUUGAUUCUCGACAAGUUGUCGGCCGGUUGCCAGAGGUGCCCACUGCCGUAGAUGCCGAGCAGGUGAUGGUAACACACUUUGCUGUCGAGGGCGAAGGCGAUGGCAUCAAGGGUGGGCUGCCAGAGAGCUGGAGGAAACUUGGACAGCUCAAGUCUCUGGAGAUCAGUCUCGACUACAGCUCGCCUGCUUCGAAAUCAUUUGAAGUCCAGAAUAACGUCUACACGGUGCGAACCAUGAUUGGUACCGCCAGUAGAAAGGAACUGAACAGGUGCUUCAUUCCCCGCAACGCGGAAAACGUGUCACUCAACAGCAACCGCAUGAGUGGAACCCUUCCACCUAACUUGCCCAUCUGCAAUCCGAAGAUGAAGUACCUUUACCUCCACAAUAACACCGGUCUCCAAGGAACCAUCCCGAAAGAAUGGGGGAGCUGGACCAGUCUCCAAAUUAUCAAUAUCGAGCUAACAAACUUGUGCGGCUGCCCUCCAAAGGAGUGGGAUACGUUCAACCCUUCAGUCAUAGUUCUAGCGGCGGACAGAAUAACCGACCCAGAUCUCUGCAAGAUAAGCUGCAAGGACAGCAGCAGCAGCAGCCCUGAACUGGAGUGUGAUGGCCCCGUUCCGUUUUACACACCAAGUCAGCAAAUGCACACGCGCAAUUUCCUUGAGGCGUUCAAGUAUACAAUCACAGACUUGCAGCCGCUGUGGACGUGCACGAACUUCUGUGUCUGGGAGUAUGUGCACUGCACGCCUGCAGGUGUGGCAUUGGAGAUUACUGGAACACAGUUUUUCGGUUCUGUUCCGGAGGUGCCUGCGGAUGUGAACCCGUCAGAGGUGGUGGUAACCAAGCUUGAUUUCAGCCAUAGCAAGUGGGUGGAGGGCGACUAUCCCAGUAGCUGGGCCUUGCUGACGUCCCUGGAGAACGUAUCCUUUGCAUAUACGUCGAUGUGGGGAACGCUGCCCUCCCGCUGGAGCUCCAUGUCCGCGCUGAAGUACCUCGAUUUCAGCUUCACGUGGACAGGCGGUAGGUUUCCCGAGAGCUGGAGCCGCUUAGCGAACCUGGAGGUACUCCGAUUGGUGCACCUCACAAUUCCAGAUCACCUGCCAGCCUCGUGGAGCAGCAUGAGCGCAUUGCAGGAGCUCGACCUCGACAGCACCGGCGCUUCAGGCACACUACCCCCAUCCUGGGGCGCCCUCACGAACCUCGAGAUUCUAUCCCUAUCCAACAACAACCUUGACGCCACCUUACCAGGAGAGUGGAGCUCGCUAACGCAACUGCGAACCCUGCAUCUGCAUGAUAACCAGCUUUCCGGGACGAUCCCAGAAACCUACAAUGCUAUGAUCACCCUCACCCGCGUCAGCCUGGAGGUCAACCGAUUCUGCGGCUGCCUCCCGAGCACGUGGGCCGAUAAGAAUGGUGUGUCCAUGAUGAUCACCGCUCAACCGGAGCUACUCGCUUCUGACUGCGCGACUGAAAACGCUUGCAAGCCAGAGACUGAAAGUAGCAGCUCCGCGCCGUCGGCGUCCUCGUCGUCUGCGUCGUCCAGCAGCAGCUCCGCGCCGUCGGCGUCUUCGUCGUCUGCGCCGUCCAGCAGCAGCUCCGCGCCAUCGGCGUCUUCGUCGUCUGCGCCGUCCAGCAGCAGCAGCUCCGCGCCAUCGGCGUCCUCGUCGUCUGCGCCGUCCAGCAGCAGCAGCUCCGCGCCGUCGGCGUCCUCGUCGUCUGCGCCGUCCAGCAGCAGCUCCGCGCCGUCGGCGUCCUCGUCGUCUGCGCCGUCCAGCAGCAGCUCCGCGCCGUCGGCGUCCUCGUCGUCUGCACCGUCCAGCAGCAGCAGCUCCGCGCCGUCGGCGUCUUCGUCGUCUGCGCCGUCCAGCAGCAGCAGCUCCGCGCCGUCGGCGUCCUCGUCGUCUGCACCGUCCAGCAGCAGCUCCGCGCCGUCAGCGUCCUCGUCCUCUGCGCCGUCCAGCAGCAGCUCCGCGCCAUCGGCGUCUUCAUCGUCUGCACCGUCCAGCAGCAGCAGCUCCGCGCCGUCGGCGUCUUCGUCGUCUGCGCCGUCCAGCAGCAGCAGCUCCGCGCCGUCGGCGUCUUCGUCGUCUGCACCGUCCAGCAGCAGCAGCUCCGCGCCGUCAGCGUCCUCGUCGUCUGCGCCGUCCAGCAGCAGCAGCUCCGCGCCGUCGGCGUCCUCGUCGUCUGCGUCGUCCAGCAGCAGCUCCGCGCCGUCGGCGUCUUCGUCGUCUGCGCCGUCCAGCAGCAGCUCCGCGCCAUCGGCGUCUUCGUCGUCUGCGCCGUCCAGCAGCAGCAGCUCCGCGCCGUCGGCGUCCUCGUCGUCUGCGCCGUCCAGCAGCAGCAGCUCCGCGCCGUCGGCGUCCUCGUCGUCUGCGCCGUCCAGCAGCAGCUCCGCGCCGUCGGCGUCCUCGUCGUCUGCGCCGUCCAGCAGCAGCAGCUCCGCGCCGUCAGCGUCCUCAUCGUCUGCACCGUCCAGCAGCAGCAGCUCCGCGCCGUCGGCGUCUUCGUCGUCUGCGCCGUCCAGCAGCAGCAGCUCCGCGCCGUCGGCGUCCUCGUCGUCUGCACCGUCCAGCAGCAGCUCCGCGCCGUCAGCGUCCUCGUCGUCUGCGCCGUCCAGCAGCAGCUCCGCGCCAUCGGCGUCUUCAUCGUCUGCACCGUCCAGCAGCAGCAGCUCCGCGCCGUCGGCGUCUUCGUCGUCUGCGCCGUCCAGCAGCAGCAGCUCCGCGCCGUCGGCGUCUUCGUCGUCUGCACCGUCCAGCAGCAGCAGCUCCGCGCCGUCAGCGUCCUCGUCGUCUGCGCCGUCCAGCAGCAGCAGCUCCGCGCCGUCGGCGUCCUCGUCGUCUGCACCGUCCAGCAGCAGCUCCGCGCCGUCGGCGUCUUCGUCGUCUGCACCGUCCAGCAGCAGCUCCGCGCCAUCGGCGUCUUCGUCGUCUGCGCCGUCCAGCAGCAGCUCCGCGCCGUCGGCGUCUUCGUCGUCUGCGCCGUCCAGCAGCAGCUCCGCGCCGUCGGCGUCCUCGUCGUCUGCGCCGUCCAGCAGCAGCUCCGCGCCAUCGGCGUCUUCGUCGUCUGCGCCGUCCAGCAGCAGCAGCUCCGCGCCGUCAGCGUCCUCGUCGUCUGCGCCGUCCAGCAGCAGCUCCGCGCCAUCGGCGUCUUCAUCGUCUGCACCGUCCAGCAGCAGCAGCUCCGCGCCGUCGGCGUCUUCGUCGUCUGCGCCGUCCAGCAGCAGCAGCUCCGCGCCGUCGGCGUCUUCGUCGUCUGCACCGUCCAGCAGCAGCAGCUCCGCGCCGUCAGCGUCCUCGUCGUCUGCGCCGUCCAGCAGCAGCAGCUCCGCGCCGUCGGCGUCCUCGUCGUCUGCACCGUCCAGCAGCAGCUCCGCGCCGUCGGCGUCUUCGUCGUCUGCACCGUCCAGCAGCAGCUCCGCGCCAUCGGCGUCUUCGUCGUCUGCGCCGUCCAGCAGCAGCUCCGCGCCGUCGGCGUCUUCGUCGUCUGCGCCGUCCAGCAGCAGCUCCGCGCCGUCGGCGUCCUCGUCGUCUGCGCCGUCCAGCAGCAGCUCCGCGCCAUCGGCGUCUUCGUCGUCUGCGCCGUCCAGCAGCAGCAGCUCCGCGCCGUCGGCGUCCUCGUCGUCUGCACCGUCCAGCAGCAGCUCCGCGCCGUCGGCGUCCUCGUCGUCUGCACCGUCCAGCAGCAGCUCCGCGCCAUCGGCGUCUUCAUCGUCUGCACCGUCCAGCAGCAGCAGCUCCGCGCCGUCGGCGUCUUCGUCGUCUGCGCCGUCCAGCAGCAGCAGCUCCGCGCCGUCGGCGUCUUCGUCGUCUGCACCGUCCAGCAGCAGCAGCUCCGCGCCGUCAGCGUCCUCGUCGUCUGCGCCGUCCAGCAGCAGCAGCUCCGCGCCGUCGGCGUCCUCGUCGUCUGCACCGUCCAGCAGCAGCUCCGCGCCGUCGGCGUCCUCGUCGUCUGCACCGUCCAGCAGCAGCUCCGCGCCAUCGGCGUCUUCGUCGUCUGCGCCGUCCAGCAGCAGCUCCGCGCCGUCGGCGUCUUCGUCGUCUGCGCCGUCCAGCAGCAGCUCCGCGCCAUCGGCGUCUUCGUCGUCUGCGCCGUCCAGCAGCAGCAGCUCCGCGCCGUCAGCGUCCUCGUCGUCUGCGCCGUCCAGCAGCAGCUCCGCGCCAUCGGCGUCUUCGUCGUCUGCGCCGUCCAGCAGCAGCUCCGCGCCGUCAGCGUCCUCGUCGUCUGCGCCGUCCAGCAGCAGCAGCUCCGCGCCGUCGGCGUCCUCGUCGUCUGCACCGUCCAGCAGCAGCUCCGCGCCAUCGGCGUCUUCGUCGUCUGCGCCGUCCAGCAGCAGCUCCGCGCCAUCGGCGUCCUCGUCGUCUGCGCCGUCCAGCAGCAGCAGCUCCGCGCCGUCAGCGUCCUCGUCGUCUGCGCCGUCCAGCAGCAGCUCCGCGCCAUCGGCGUCUUCGUCGUCUGCGCCGUCCAGCAGCAGCAGCUCCGCGCCGUCAGCGUCCUCGUCGUCUGCGCCGUCCAGCAGCAGCAGCUCCGCGCCGUCGGCGUCCUCGUCGUCUGCACCGUCCAGCAGCAGCAGCUCCGCGCCGUCGGCGUCCUCGUCGUCUGCACCGUCCAGCAGCAGCUCCGCGCCAUCGGCGUCUUCAUCGUCUGCACCGUCCAGCAGCAGCAGCUCCGCGCCGUCGGCGUCUUCGUCGUCUGCGCCGUCCAGCAGCAGCAGCUCCGCGCCGUCGGCGUCUUCGUCGUCUGCACCGUCCAGCAGCAGCAGCUCCGCGCCGUCAGCGUCCUCGUCGUCUGCACCGUCCAGCAGCAGCAGCUCCGCGCCGUCGGCGUCUUCGUCGUCUGCGCCGUCCAGCAGCAGCAGCUCCGCGCCGUCGGCGUCUUCGUCGUCUGCACCGUCCAGCAGCAGCAGCUCCGCGCCGUCGGCGUCCUCGUCGUCUGCGCCGUCCAGCAGCAGCAGCUCCGCGCCGUCGGCGUCCUCGUCGUCUGCACCGUCCAGCAGCAGCUCCGCGCCAUCGGCGUCUUCGUCGUCUGCGCCGUCCAGCAGCAGCUCCGCGCCAUCGGCGUCCUCGUCGUCUGCGCCGUCCAGCAGCAGCAGCUCCGCGCCGUCAGCGUCCUCGUCGUCUGCGCCGUCCAGCAGCAGCUCCGCGCCAUCGGCGUCUUCGUCGUCUGCGCCGUCCAGCAGCAGCAGCUCCGCGCCGUCAGCGUCCUCGUCGUCUGCGCCGUCCAGCAGCAGCAGCUCCGCGCCGUCGGCGUCCUCGUCGUCUGCGCCGUCCAGCAGCAGCAGCUCCGCGCCGUCGGCGUCCUCGUCGUCUGCACCGUCCAGCAGCAGCUCCGCGCCGUCGGCGUCCUCGUCGUCUGCACCGUCCAGCAGCAGCUCCGCGCCAUCGGCGUCUUCGUCGUCUGCGCCGUCCAGCAGCAGCUCCGCGCCGUCGGCGUCUUCGUCGUCUGCGCCGUCCAGCAGCAGCUCCGCGCCGUCGGCGUCCUCGUCGUCUGCGCCGUCCAGCAGCAGCAGCUCCGCGCCGUCGGCGUCCUCGUCGUCUGCACCGUCCAGCAGCAGCUCCGCGCCAUCGGCGUCUUCGUCGUCUGCGCCGUCCAGCAGCAGCAGCUCCGCGCCGUCGGCGUCUUCGUCGUCUGCGCCGUCCAGCAGCAGCAGCUCCGCGCCGUCGGCGUCUUCGUCGUCUGCACCGUCCAGCAGCAGCAGCUCCGCGCCGUCAGCGUCCUCGUCGUCUGCGCCGUCCAGCAGCAGCAGCUCCGCGCCGUCGGCGUCCUCGUCGUCUGCACCGUCCAGCAGCAGCUCCGCGCCGUCGGCGUCCUCGUCGUCUGCACCGUCCAGCAGCAGCUCCGCGCCAUCGGCGUCUUCGUCGUCUGCGCCGUCCAGCAGCAGCUCCGCGCCAUCGGCGUCUUCGUCGUCUGCGCCGUCCAGCAGCAGCAGCUCCGCGCCGUCAGCGUCCUCGUCGUCUGCGCCGUCCAGCAGCAGCAGCUCCGCGCCGUCGGCGUCCUCGUCGUCUGCACCGUCCAGCAGCAGCUCCGCGCCAUCGGCGUCUUCGUCGUCUGCGCCGUCCAGCAGCAGCUCCGCGCCGUCGGCGUCUUCGUCGUCUGCGCCGUCCAGCAGCAGCUCCGCGCCGUCGGCGUCCUCGUCGUCUGCGCCGUCCAGCAGCAGCUCCGCGCCAUCGGCGUCUUCGUCGUCUGCGCCGUCCAGCAGCAGCAGCUCCGCGCCGUCAGCGUCCUCAUCGUCUGCACCGUCCAGCAGCAGCAGCUCCGCGCCGUCGGCGUCUUCGUCGUCUGCACCGUCCAGCAGCAGCAGCUCCGCGCCGUCAGCGUCCUCAUCGUCUGCACCGUCCAGCAGCAGCUCCGCGCCGUCGGCGUCUUCGUCGUCUGCGCCGUCCAGCAGCAGCAGCUCCGCGCCGUCGGCGUCCUCGUCGUCUGCACCGUCCAGCAGCAGCUCCGCGCCCUCAUCGUCUUCGACCACGACUACCAUGGACCCCACACCGGACCCAGUGCUGCCGUCGUCCUCGUCAUCGUCGUCGCAUGCUGACACCUAUUUUUACGAUAGACUCUAUCUUCUUUGCCCGAACGCGGAGGAAACAGGCGUUGACAUGAUCUCUAUGCAUAAGAACGACAUCUGCUGCACUGAGUGGGAAGGCAGUGACCACAGCACUUCCUGUGGUGAUAAUAUCAAGAACUACUCGAAGGCAAUUGUGACUUGCAGCGGUGCUCUCGGUAGCCGAGGUUAUUUUUCAUGCUGCACGAGGGUCGGACCGAAUGGUGUCGGAGAGUUCCUUGGCACGCGCUGCCAGGAUUCUUCCGUGGAUGGCGUUGAAGGCCCGUUAACUCGUGGAACAUGGUGGAAUCUCCGAACGAGCAGCGGCCGUCUAUGGGUGACGCUUGCAUCCGUGAUUGCGAUUGCUGUGAUGUCGACUUGA